CCUGCGUUCAGGGUAGUUAGUCAAUUCGUUUUUAGUAUUCAAUAGGAUUCAGUUCGUGUAGGUUUCACUAGUUGUACAAAAAAACACAGAUUCAAAAAAGGCAUACAUUUUUUUUUUUUAUUUUCUACGGCUUUUACACAUCAUGGACUUCUCGUUUAAUAUAAUUUCGGCUAGUGCUUUCGGUUCUUUUGGCGACAUAUAUAGGUUCGAGGAUAGCAGCGGAGAUGCGCGUGGUCCAUUGUUAUUGGGCAGAAGCAGCUACUGUGGAUUCGGCAGAGUUCAAGGUCAAGGGCUAGACCAGAACGAAACUGAAGAAGGCGGCGUUGGUGGACAUCGCGACGUGGGUAGACGCCACAGUGUGACCACAAUGGCAACGGCCACAACCGUUGGAACCGACAAGUAUGAAUCCAAAUAUAUUACCGUCCGUUAAUGGUGUCCCGUUCAUUAUGCUCGGGCAAGAGCGAUUCGAACUGGAACCAGAGACGAUCUUUGUGCUGGGCAUGCGUCUGAGUGUGACGAAAAAUGAUAUUCUCAUGUUCUUUAGUUCCGUGGGAAUGAUCGCUGUCGACCAUGCGAGUAAACCAAGGAUUUUUGUGUACAAAAAUAAGCAAAAUGGACGAUCAAAGGGUGAGUCGACCAUUACAUAUAUAAGUCCGUUCAUGGCGGAAAUGGCUAUUAGAUGCCUGAAUGGCAGCAAAUUUAAGGGAGAAACUAUAACGAUUUUACCGGCAUAUCUAUCAACGCGCAAGGGUCGUUGCAUCCGCUAUAGAUAUCCUCGAGAGUUCGCCCCAUCAAACAAUCGGGAACACCAACAGGAUCGGCAGCAGCAGAAUCGUCAACGUCGACCCCGUAAAUGGAGACCGGCUCGUGACAAUUGGUAUUGCAUGUCCUGCCGCAACAGCAAUUUUGUUUGGCGCUCCAAUUGCAAUCGUUGCAAGGCCACCAAAUCGGAGUAUGCAGCCGAACCCCUUUUCAGUGGUUCACCAUCUUUCAUGAGGGUGGCUCGCCGUUGGCGCAUUCAUAAGACCGACUGGGAAUGCUGCUACUGUUUCAAUAAGAAUUUCUGGUAUCGUCAGAGAUGUAAUCGUUGUCAUGCUCCCAAGGCUGUUGAUAUGCCAAAACCCGUCACCCCACCCCGAUCGGACAAAUGGGAAUUGAAGCUUGGCAGUGAUUAGGGAGGGUCCAAUACUCUGAGUGUAUUCAAAAUUUACAAGUGUUAUAUGCAAGUCAUAGUUAUCAAGUAUCAAUGCAGAUUGGCAACGGUUUGGCGUUCUCACAGGCAAGCCAAAUCCGUAUGCAUCAUGAGUGGAAAGAAUAUCCAAAUUCUUUGUGAAGUGAAUCCAUUUACAAUAAAUGAUUUCAUAUAUUCACACACUAAUAACUCUCCAAACAGAAUAAAUGUAUAAAGAGAGUAUUACCUCUCAAGUCAAGUAA